UUAUGAACAGUCACAUCAUUGAUUGAGAGUAGAGUAGAUUGGUGGAUAAAUCACAGUCGGAAGUUAUUAGUCAUUUCACUUAUUCUCUAGCAUCAUGUCCAAAUUCUCUAGAAUACAAAUCUUAGAAAUUAUUCUUAUAUGUCUGUGUAACAUAAAUGAUAUUUGUGGGAAAGAGUCAAGAAUCGAGCCGAUCGAUGCCAAAUGUCUGACGUGCAUUUGCUUUGGUGCAAGUGGAUGUGGUAAGGAGGCGAAGUGCGACUCUGAUGUUUGUGGCAUGUUUGCUAUUGGCUAUGAUUAUUGGAGCGAGUCUGGACAGCCGACAUUGGCCUUCGAUGAUCCAACAGCAGAUGGAGCUUACAUGAGAUGUGCCUCAGAUCUUCAUUGUGCUGCAAGAACGGUUGAAAAUCACAUGAACAAGUUUCCUUAUGAUUGCAAUGCAGAUAGGAAAAUCAACUGUUGGGACUACGCUGGAGUACAUAAUCGAGGGUAUAUCAGAUGUGCUGAUUUCUGGGAUAUUGACUUUGAUAGAAAUUUUCAAAAUUGUAUGACAAACAAAACAAUGAUUAUGAAAUUUAUUACUGACUACUGACUUCAGUAUUAAGAGAUGAAAACUCUAAUCGAGAUCAAUUAAUUCAGAAAUUGAUUUAAUAUUAUUGGAAAAAAUGUGUUUCUUGUUGUUCAAUUGAAUAUAUUUUGUAUCAGGCUAUUAAAAUCACUUUCUGAAUGAACAUAAA